AUGUCUUUAUCUUCUAAAUUAUCCGUUACCGACUUAGACUUAGCUGGUAAGAGAGUCUUCAUCAGAGUUGAUUUCAACGUCCCAUUAGAUGGUGACAAGAUCACUUCUAACCAAAGAAUCGUUGCUGCUUUACCAACAAUCAAGUACGCUUUAGAAAAGGGUGCUCAAUACGUUGUUUUAGCUUCUCAUUUAGGUAGACCAAAUGGUGAAAGAGUCGCCAAGUACUCUUUGAAGCCAGUUCAAGCUGAAUUAUCUACUUUAUUAGGUAAGCCAGUUGAAUUCUUGAACGACUGUGUCGGUCCUGAAGUUGAGGCUGCUUGUAAGGCUGCUCCAAAGGGUUCCGUUAUCUUAUUAGAAAACUUAAGAUACCACAUCGAAGAAGAAGGUUCCAAGAAGGUUGACGGUAAGAAAGUCAAGGCCACUGACGAUGAAGUCGCCACUUUCAGAAAGCAAUUGUCUUCUUUAGCUGAUGUUUACAUUAACGAUGCUUUCGGUACCGCUCACAGAGCCCACUCUUCCAUGGUUGGUUUCGACUUACCACAAAGAGCUGCUGGUUUCUUAUUAGAAAAGGAAUUGAAAUACUUCGCUAUGGCUUUGGAAAACCCAAAGAGACCAUUCUUAGCCAUCUUAGGUGGUGCUAAGGUCGCUGAUAAGAUUCAAUUAAUUGACAACUUAUUAGACAAGGUCGACUCUAUCAUCAUUGGUGGUGGUAUGGCUUUCACCUUCAAGAAGGUUAUCGAAAACGCUCAAAUUGGUGACUCCAUCUUCGAUGAAGCUGGUGCCGAAAUUGUUCCAAAAUUAAUGGAAAAGGCUAAGGCUAAGGGUGUCAAGGUCGUCUUACCAAUUGACUUCGUCAUUGCUGAUGACUUCUCCGCUACCGCUAACACCAAGAUUGUCUCUGACAAGGAAGGUAUCCCAGCUGGCUGGCAAGGUCUAGACAACGGUCCAGAAACUAGAAAAUUAUUUGCUGCUACCGUUGCCGAAGCUAAAACCAUUGUCUGGAACGGUCCACCAGGUGUUUUCGAAUUCGAAAAAUUCGCUGCUGGUACCAAAUCUUUAUUAGAUGCUGCCGUUGCCUCUUGUCAAUCUGGUAACACUGUUAUCAUCGGUGGUGGUGACACUGCCACUGUUGCCAAGAAGUACGGUGUCACUGACAAGAUCUCCCAUGUCUCUACCGGUGGUGGUGCUUCCUUAGAAUUAUUAGAAGGUAAGGUCUUACCAGGUGUUGCUUUCUUAUCUGAGAAAUAA